GGGGGUUAAGGACAUCGUCGGAAGCUUAGGAUCGCGGUUGGUCAGUGGCAGUUACCAUGAAAAUAAAGUAAGUGUUGUCAUGGAAAUGGCGUAAGAUCCGCCAUGUUUUUGGCGACACUUUUUGAUCCCGAGCAGGUCCCCCAGUAAUAUAGUAUAGCUCAGUGAUUGUGCCCGACCAGUGCCGAAAUUUUUUUUUUCCGGAACAAUUAAUUUUGGCGACCUCCCCCCCCGUCGCCAAAAAAAUUUCGGUCAGUGUACUAUUUUAGGGGUCCAAAAAUUUUUCGAACAUACCAAAAUUUUUCGGAACAUCAAACAAAUUUUCCAAACAUCACGAAAUUGACAUAAUUUUCCGCAAAAUUGACAGAAUUUGUCCCAUUUAUUUUUAUAAUAACCCAAUAUUGCCCGACUGUGAAGCGAAUAUUGCCCAACUGGCUUUGUUUGCCCAACAAACUGGGGUUAUUAUUAAGAGAGAUUUUAUUGCUUUGACUACUUUUUUGGCUUUUUAAUUUCCCACUCUUCGCCCGACUUAUGUUGAACAUUUGCCCGACUUUUCGACUUCGUAAUCUUUGGGGGGGGGGGGAAGCUGCCGCCCCCCGUCCCGUACGCAUAUGCAAAUUUUAAUUUGAUCAAUAAGUGUUCACUAUUCACGACAGUCCGCAACAUAUUUUGAGAUCAGUGAGAUGACCACGUGGCCAUGAACGAUGAACGGUGAGCCAUGCGCCCACGAUAUUUACCGAACUUUAGACUUGGCUAGGGUGUAAAUAGCCGGGCGGAAUUAGUACCCUCGCACGGCGUGCCGCGCCGUCGGCUCGGGGAUAAAUAAUAAUAAUAACAGUGUUUAUUAUAUACACAAGGUCUGGAUAUGAGGUAUUCUGCAAUCUGAUUGGUUCUCUACUAGCAGGAUAUUAGCUCAUAUCCUGCUAGUAGAGAAAAACAAAAUGGCGGCCAAACUGAAUUUACGAUGUUUUGCAAACGAGAAAACGGCAAGUUGUCGCUUUUUAUAGCCUUCACAGGAUUAAAAACACAAUGGAAAAACUCCCACAAAUUGUUUUCAGGUUAGCAAAUAAAUUUUUAAUAUUUAAAAUGGUUAAAAAUAUAUAUUUUUGAAAAAAUAAUCGGCCGAAAGAGCGAAGAUAAAAACAUAUACAAAAUAGAAAAAUAUUGAAAAUAUUCGAAAAGCAAAGUCUGUGAAUUCAGACCUUGUGUAUAUAAUAAAACAGUUAUUCCACUCACUCUCGUCGAAUAUGAGCGAUAGCCGAUUCGGCGCUACGCGCCUCAUCGGCUAUCAGCUCAUAUUCGACUCGAGUGCGUAGAAUAACUGUUUAAUAUCUUGAAUAAUAAUCUUCAAUUUUUUUUUCAAUCUAUCACGCAACAUAACAUGGAUCAUUCAGAUAAUCUUUGUAUAUCUCAGGGUAGUCCUUCUCAUUAAUCAGGAUCCGGAGAAGUAAGUCAUGAAUCUUUUUAGAAAACAUUUUUCUUCCUAAAUUACGAAUAAAUAACGGAACGUUGUUCCACACUUUAGCACCAAUUCUAGAAAAGCAUUUUUUUUGUUGAUUCGUACGAGAAUAUUUUUUAUAGUAAUUACCGGCUGUUGAGGAUCUGGUAAUAUAGGAAUGCACAUUAGAAGUUUGAAUAAAUAAGUCAGAAAUAUUUUCUGGUAUCAAUUCAUUAGUAACGUCAUACAUUAAUUUGGGAACAGAUUCAACAUAGAGCAUACUUAUUGGUAAAUUAUUAGUAUUGUUAAACAAUGGAAUAGCAUAAUAUCGGUUUUUAGCAAAAUGCAUUACACGAAGAACUUGUUUUUGAAGUAUGAGAAAUUUUUAAAAUUUUUUUUGUGUAGCGUUUCCCCAAACUGUUAAACCAUAAGAUAAAUAAGGAUAUAUCAAAGAACGAUAUAUUUUUGUCAGGGUUUCAAAAGGCACUAAAUGACUAAUAUGAUCUUUCCAUGAUAAGUUAGCAUCAAGUAAAAUGCCUAGAUAUUUGACAUACUCCUUGCGUUCAAGAGAUAUGUAUUUGUUGUCUUUUUUAUCAAAUAUUUUAAUAUUUAUUUGAUAAUUUAGCUUUUUUUGAGAAAGGUAGAAAAUAACAAAGUUUGAUUUUUUUUAUUAUUUUAUAUUUGCAUUUAACCAAUCAUAAACUUUGAGUAAUUCUUCAUUUAUUACACUAAGUCUUUCAAGAGUUUUGGGGUUUUUAUCAGAAUAAAUUAAAAAUAAAUUAAAUUAAGUUAGUUACAAAAUCUUGUUAAUGAAAGCAAUGACUGGACAAUUCAAAACAAAAUGAAACUCAACGUAUCUAAAUGUAAAGAAUUAUUUGUUGUCUGAUUCUCAAAAGAUAAACGGCUUUUUCUGCCUUUGGAUAUUGGAGAUGUCUUGGUCGAAAGGGUAGAAUCUGCUCGUGUGCUGGGAGUUAUUAUCCAAGAUGAUAUGAAAUGGAACGAACAUGUUAAUAUCAUUGUGAAGAAAGCAGGCAAAAGGUUGUACAUGUUGAGAAUAUUAAAACGUCAAACGAUCGAACGGUUUUUCGCGUGGUUUCGUGGUUUAGACGGGUACGUAUCGUACCUGGGUGUGCUGUGUCUCCAUAAGCUAUUAGUAUACUUUGUAGUGCUAACUCUUUCUCUGCCGCAUGCUUCGAACCCUUGUAAAUGUGUAAUCUGUUUGGUUUUAUUGAUAGUCUGCAUGAACCUUUUCUUUUUUUUUUAAACAAUCUUUUGUGAGGAAGCCUUAUCAUCACAGAUGGCAAGGGUGGGUUGACUACAAACUUUUUAUAGUUCGCUAUAACUACAGCUACUUCAAUGUAGUCAGCUACAACUACUGCUACUUUUGAACAAAAAUAGUUCGCUACUGACUACAGCUACUGCUUAAAAAAUGUAGCGAACUAUUUCGCUAUUUCGCUACUCAAUAUUUUUUAAUUUUACUGUAUUUGAAACAUCUACUAUAGCUCAGGCUGUAAUGUAACCUAUAACAAAUCGACUUACGUGGGCAUGCACUUGCACAGUUUGAACAGUUGCACGGUAUACUUUAUUGGUGCAAAUUGAGUAUUGAUUUUAAGCAAACUGUGUCUUAAUAACAUUCUAUUCUAUCAAGUUGCUAACAAUUUAAAAAAGUAGCGAAUAGCGAUUUGCUGUUUGAAAAGUAGUCAACUACUUGGCUACUUUUAGGCAAAACGUAGUUCGCUAUAACUACAGCUACUGUUUUGAAAAAGUAGUCAAAAACUACUGGCUACUUGAAAAUUGUAGUUCGCUACAGUAGCGAACUACAACUACUUCGCUACUACCCACCCUUGACAGAUGGUUUUCAUAAGGGUCCUCAAAUAAGAAGGAAAUAAUCAUUACAUAAAAUACUGACUAUAAUUAUUCAGACUAUAAUAUAUAUCUGCUCCAAACAGAAUAGAGCAUGCAACAAGAUUAUGAAAAUUAAUUAAUUAGAAAUCCUAAGAAAGUUCAAAAAGUUAAUUAAAUGGUCAACUAGGUCCACACUUAAAACACUAAGAUAACAAGUUAUUCAUUACAUACUGAGAUAUAUUUGUUUUUAAAAUCUUUAACAAAUGGCGGAAGAUUAUUCCAUUUAUUAAAAAACAUAUAGUGCGAUGUUUGCUGUCCCCAAUUGGUUCUACAAAAGGGGAGUCUUACUAACUGUUUAUUUCUUGUGUCCAGGGAUGCCGGAUGCCGCUUUUGCAUUUUCAACUUUGUGGGUGCAGUGCGGGUGCAGACUAUGGGUGUAACGGGUGCACAAAACUUUUACAACAGACAUAAUUAAACGUCGUUCGAGGAUGUGUGUCCCCACACACAUCCUCGAAGUGUUCCACCCCCCAGUCGUCAGGAAUUCGGCAAAAUUGUUAUCCAUUUGGCGAAAGGUGAAACGGAAAGCAUUACUUAUGGAAUUUUUGGCGAGAAAUUACGGAGGGAUUGUGCCUAAAUAAUGGUAUUCGGUCCGAAAACAUUUGGUGAUGGGGAGGGAGGUUGACACGAAUGUAGGAUCAUGGCGCCCUUUCAUUUUCAUUGGUGCCUUUUAUUAAGGAGUAUGCCCUCUUGUUAACCAAUUACACCCCUUGCCCUCAGCAACUUCCGGCAUCCCUGCUUGUGUCAUGACAGUGUAAAUCACUUCCUUUAAUUUCUUCCAUACUAAAGUCUACAUUAUUGUUCAAGGCUUUAUAAACAAAACUACAUCUGUGGAAUUGUCUUCUAUACGACAAAGUAUACCACUUCAACAUUGUUAAAGCCUGGCUACUAGAAGCAUCGAUUGGUAGAUCCAACACAGACUUUGCAGUUUUAUUAUGAAGAAUUUGAUACAUUAGUAUAAAAUAAGACUAAAUUACCAUAAUAAAAAAUAAUACCUAAUACCUAUCAGCAUAAAUUUAGUUUUUAAUAAAUUUAAGGAUAAUUUAUUUUCGUCAAGCCAAGAUUUUAGAUGCAUCAAGUCUUCAUUCAAUUUGGUCUGAAGCUCACUAGGAGUAGAGGCUGCGCUGUAGAUCACCGUGUCAUCAGCAAAUAGAGAUGUUUGCGUAUGAUGUAAACACGACGAGAGAUCGUUUAUAUACACCAAAAAAAGCAAGGGCCCCAAAACACUACCCUGAGGUACACCAAUAGACACUUUACACUGGUUUGAAUAACAAUUAUUAACCACGGUCGUCUGGGUACGAUGACCCAAAUAUGAUUGGAACCACUGUAAGGACUUUGAGUCUAUACCAAUCCAUUUCAGUUUUUGGAGUAGAAUUGCGUGGUUGACAGUGUCAAAUGCCUUCUUUAAAUCCAAGUAGAUGACGCCAGAUACUUUACCACGACCCAUAUUCAUUAACAACUCAUCAGUGAACUGUGAUAGGGCACUAGAUGUAGACCGAUUACGCCUAAAACCAAAUUGUCUAAUAGAAAGUAACUUAUUCUCUUGUAAGCAAUCAUAAAAUUGAAAAUGGACAGAACGUUCAAUGAUCUUGCUAACGGUCGGCAGAAUGGAAAUUGGUCGGUAAUUAUUACAGUUAAUUAUCACCGGAUUUAAAUAAAGCCAUGACUUUUGUGGACUUCCAGUUGUUAGGGAAAUAAGACUGUUCAAUAGAAAGAUUAAUCGAGUUAGUCAGUACAGGUGAUAUAACUUCCAAGGCAUCAUUUAAAAGCCGAGCGCUGAUCUUAUCAAGGCCAAUAGCCUUAUUCGCUUUAAGACCGCGUAACUGAUCCUGAACAAAAUCCACAGGUAUAGGUUUAAGUUCAAACCUCGUAUCAGUACAUGGUUGCGGUAAUACAACUUUCUUUACACGCCCGAACACUUUACUCGAUUUAUGACCAAUGCUAGAAAAAUGCUUAUUAAAAACAGAUGCAAUAUCUUUGUCAUUUGUAUACGUUUUGUUGUUGUACAUCACGGAAGAGACCUCUUGUUGUGUCACGUUAGUUGGAAGAACUUUUUUAUGAUGCUCUACAUCUUUUGGCUAUCUGACUUCGAUUCCUCAAUGAGAUUACAAAAAUAUUUUGAUUUCAAACGUUUUUCCUCGCGAUUAGCAUAAUUUCUCAGUUUCCGGUACAUAUUCCAGUGAUACUUUCCAUUACUCCUUCGUGCUUUACGGUGAAAGUAAUCACGAUCUUGGCGGAUACUAAUAAGAUUUUCAGUCACCCACGGGGAAGAAAAACCUUUCAAACGUUUUUUCUUAAUGGGAGCAUGUUGAUCUGCAACGCUGCAAAACAAAUGCUCCCAAAGGGAAACAGCAUCGUCAACCGAAUCAGCCGCUUCAAUGACAUUCCAUGGAACACUACUAAGCCUAAGGUCAUCAACAAAUGAUUGUUUAAAAUAAUUCUUAAAAGAUCUUGACUCGUGUAUACGUGGCGGCAGUUUCUGAACCAAAACACAUAAGACAAUGCUAUGAUCACUUAAGAGGCUGUCUCCGUAAAAACCUCCAGGUCAAUAUGGGGCUCAAAAAUAGAUUUCUCUCAUACUCUAGUAUUAUGAAGAUCUACCUUGGGAACAACUAAAAUCGAUUUCAUUUUACUCAAAUUUCCUUUAAAUUAUUUUGGGGGGCGAUUGAUGUUUGAACUCCGAAUGAAGGCAAAAUAUAUCGACAUAUUUUCAGCGCUAUUUUUUAAAUCAAAUUCAUACCUAAAUUUCAAUGACUUAUCCUUCUAUUUUCGCGGGUGAUAUGACUUAGAUAAUUAUUCUUUGGUAUAAAAUAGAAAACAGCGCAGUUAUUGACCGUCCUGAACGCAUAACGGAUAUCGUCUCAAAAUAUGUCAACUUCGAAAGCUUAUUUCAAAAUCGUGGCACUUGAUUGGCACAUGACUUUAACUUUUCUAUAAACUACUAACAUUAGUCAACACAAAUCGCCAAUAAUAUCUUUCUGAUCUCCCAUUUGACAAAAAUGACAAGCGCGCAAACUUUGUAAAAUUUGAAAAUGUGUCGAAAUCGAGCAUACUUUAUCGGUAAACCUAAUUGUUGAUAUUAACAAAUAGAACCACCUUACACUACACUGAAUGAAGCUUGAUUAUGUAAAUAUAUGUCUUUCAUCAUUAUUCUUUGGUUUGGCGCUUGAAUCAAAUUGUUUGAGUACAGUUUGGCUUCACGGAUACACGGAUAGAGUCAUUCAAUGCCAGUAUCUCCAGUGUCUUCUGCGCGCCUCAAUGCCACGAGUCGUGAUUGUGACAUACUAUACAAUCUUCGCUCUGUUCGCUUUGUUUACCUCUUUAACAAAUACCUAAUUACCUGUUUAACAAAUAACAAUGUUCAAUGAGAUUGGAAAACUCAGAAUUAAUCAUACUACAGACAGAAUUUUCAUCGUUUUUAACUGUUUUAUAAAAGUUUCGUUAGAAUGUACGAAUUAAAUCUCGGGGAAAAUCCCGGGCCCUGGCCGAAAGAAAUCAGAAAUGACAGAAAUGUAUACUCGCUGUGAUGUCAAAUGUCAAUAUUUCGUUAGUUUCGCUCAGUAUAGUUUUCUAGCAACUGAAUUGUCUCUAGGUUUAGAAACAAUUAUCAAUGAAACUAGAAUUCAAAUAAGUCACGGUUCUGUAUAAAAAAUCAACUUUUUCAGGCCGACCCUGGGUCACUUUGCUCAAGGCUAUGCUUCAAGAAUUUAUAUUAUUUCUUAUUGUAUAAAAAUAUGCGAAUAUUUUGAUAUAAUACAAAACAAUUCAUCGCAAACAGCUGUAACCCAUUUGAACGUCUCAGUUAUUUAAUCAAUGUUAUUCCUUUUUUCAGUAACAAUUAGGGGCUGAUUACAUCGGCCAAAUUGUCCCCGUUUGCCGAGUUGUCCCGCCUAUAAAUCGAGUUGACUUUUGAAUGGACCAUUCCCCAAUUAACCGAGCCAACUCGGCAAAAAGCGAUUACAUGGGAUGUGUGGGCAAUUUCUGUCCCGGCUAAGCGAGUUGACUCGGCAAGCUACAGCCGCGGUCCCGGCAAGGCAGGACAACUCGCUUUGCAUGUAAUCGAAAUGUCAAAAUAAUAGACAAUACAUAUGGGAAGCGGGUCAACUCGGCAAAGCGAGUCAACGCGAGAUUCGCCCCCCCCCCCAGGAGAUUCGCCCCCCCCUCUCAAAAGGGUGGCGAUAUUCCUAGGAUAUUCGCCCCCCGGGGCGAAUCUCCUAGGAAUAUCGCCCCCCAGGGGGGCGAAUCUCCUAGGAAUAUCGCCCCCCUUUAGGAAUUUCGCCCCCCCCAAAUAAAUUUUGAGUUUUUGAUCUAAAAACAAAACGAUUGCAAGUUGAAAAGAUUUAUUGUGUGAUUUAUUUAUUUAUUACAAGGAGACAAAAUUACAUACACAUUUUAGGCUUCUUAGCAGCUGGUAGUGUGCACACUGCACAGUCUACAUAACCACUCAUUUGAGGUACUUAAUUAGUGUCAUAUUCUACACAUCUAAAGUGGAACCAUUGCCCACAGAGAUCGCAUAAAAUCAUGUUGUCGUAUUCUUCUGGCAGUUUACAUCACAUAACAUAUUAUAAAAACAAUCGCUUGCAAAUUUUAUCAAUACCAGUGUUAACAAUAGCCGCCACAGUAAUUAGUGUACUAAUCACUUGCUAACAAUAAACUAUAGGAUUAAUAAAAAAUCUAUGGAAUGUGUUGGGAAGCGUAUUGACUAUUGUCCGUUGAAUCAUCAACUUCCAUGUCAGUGUUAGUGAUGUAAUCUUGAUUCUUGACUUCCACAAAGAAAAUUGCAUUAUAUAUGUGGUGUGGUUUAUUCAAAUAAUUUCAUGAUACUUUGAUUUUAUUAGUGCCUUAAACAUUUGAAAAUGUAACUCGGCAAAACUAAAAGCUUUUCUGUCUUUCAGUUGAAACGAGAAUUAUUGGAGUAUUGCCUAUUGGCAAGUUCUACCCUUCGCUUCUGAGAUUUACAAACCAUAUUGAAAUAAUGCAAGUAAAAAAUAGUGACAACUUAAGCCCGCCGCACACGAGAGCAACUUGCUGAGCUAACCGCCUCGCGAGGCCGUUAGCUCAGCUAUGUAUUUUCACCGCACACGUUGGGAAAACUACUCAACAACAACAUAAUUAACAAAAUUAUUUGCAUUUUCCUCCAUUUUGUUCCAUGUCACAUGAAGAAACCAUGGUUUGUCAUUGGUUAAUUGAUUGAAACAGCUCAGCACUUAGCUCACAACAUCCGCAGACGCUGAGAUUUUUUCCUCGCGAGGCGAAAAAUAUCAAACACGAUAGAUAUUUUCCUCAAGGCCUCGAGAGGUCAAAUCCUCACGAAAACUAUCUGCACACGAGAGCUACUUGCUGACGACAAAACGACAAAAUAACGACAAAACGUGAAUGCAAAACAAUACCAAUAAUUACAAUAACCACCACGGUGAUUACUUUUUAACAAUGAGUUUAAGGAUUAACACUGAAAAUGCAAAAUAUGCAUGGUGAGCUGUGAAGCGUCAUAAGUCCUAUUGAUCUACUGUAACUGUGUAAGCACUUUCGAUACAUGUAAUUGUAAAUUUGUAUUCUUACAUGCAGGGCUUGAAAUAAUAAACGUUCCCAAAGUUCACGAUCAUGGUGAUCGGUAGUCAUGACUUUCCCUGCUUUUUUCAGGUUGGAAACCGAAACGCUGCUUUUCCGCCGAUCAUAAGCAAUUCCCUGCCGAUCGGUGAUCGGUUGUUAUUUCAAGCUCUGUCUUAACAAUUUUGAAUUGAUGCUGAUUUCAAAUGAUUAAAGCCAUGUAAUAAUUAUACCAUGUAACUGUUAGGAAGGGCGAAAUAUUGAACGGAGGACAAAAAUCCUAAAGAAAAGGUGAAGUUUCUAAAGGGGGGCGAAUUUCCUAAAGGGGGGCGAAAUUCCUAGGAUUUUUGCCCCCCUGGGGGCGAAAAUCCUGGGACACCGGGACAACUCGCCCAUGUAAUCGUCCCCUUAGAAAGGUUCUGAAAAUUAGAAUUAAUUUAUGUUCUUCUUUCCGACAAGCUUUAAAAGGUGACAAAUUUGCAAGUGAUAACUAAUGUCAUUCUUACACGCCAGCAACUUCGAAGAACAGUCUACUAGCUGUGUCUCGGAAUUUUCCACACUCAGAAAUAGAAAAGGAACAUUUCUACAUUAUUGCUUACCGUCAUUCUCAUCUGUCAACAUAAGAUCUACUGUCUGUCGAAAUCGUUUAGGUUUACCUAACGUUGCGUGAUCGCAAAUUGCGGCUGUAGUAGAAGUAGAACACCAUUAUUGUAAACACAAAAACCUCGUGCAAUAAUGUCUAAGACUUCUAUUUAAUUCAAUGCGGACUAUCCUUUAAGUCAAACUGUACAGUCAAACAAUUUCUUUCGAGUGCAAAACCAGAGAAUAAUGAUGAAAGACAUAUAUUUACAUAAUCAAGCUUCAUUCAGUGUAGCGUAAGGUGGUUUUAUUUGUUACUGAAUAUCAAUAAAUUUAAAGGUUUACCGAUAAAGUAUGCUCGAUUUCGACACAUUUUCAAAUUUUACAAAGUUUGCGCGCUUGUCAUUUUUGUCAAAUGGUAGAUCAGAAAGAUAUUAUUGGCGAUUUGUGUUGACUAAUGUUAGUAGUUUAUAGAAAAGUUAAAGUCAUGUCCCAAUCAAAUGCCACGAUUUUGAAAUAAGCUUUCGAAGUUGACAUAUUUUGAGACGAUAUCCGUUAUGCGUUCAGGAGGGUCAAUAACUGCGCUGUUUUCUAUUUUAUACCAAAGAAUAAUUAUCUAAGUCAUAUCACCCGCGAAAAUAGAAGGAUAAGUCAUUGAAAUUUAGGUAUGAAUUUGAUUUAAAAAAUAGCGCUGAAAAUAUGUCGAUAUUUUGCCUUCAUUCGGAGUUCAAACAUCAAUCGCCCCCAAAAAUAAUUUAAAGGAAAUUUGAGUAAAAUAAAAUCGAUUUUAGUUGUUCCCAAGAAUAGAUCUUCAAAAUACUAGAGUAUGAGAGAAAUCUAUUUUUGAGUCCCAUCAUACUGACUUGGAGGUUUUUACGGAGACAGCCUCUUAAAUGGUUGUUAAUGACUUCAGAUUGAACAACUUUGUGUUGCAUAUUAACACAAAUUCAGUAAUUAUUGUUGGGCAUUUAAUCAAUUGAUGAAAAUCUGCCUCCCCGUUGGCUCUUGGGUACUCUGGUGAUACUACUACUACUAGAAAAUACAUGCAUGCCGAAAUCCUCGCCUUGCUGACAAAACCAUUGUAUUUUCCGAACAUGAAGUAUCUAAAGUAGUUGUCAUGGUAACACGAUAAUUUUUUAGGAAUAUUCUUACAAGUGAAAAAUCGCCUAAAAAUAUCACUUUUAAUUACAAAAUUAUUAAUUUCCCAACAUAUAUAUGUUAGGUAUGUUAUUAGACGUAAUAUAGGCCUCAAUUUAAGGUAAAAUUCAACCACAAACGCUUCGCAAAAGUUUUUAAAGUCACUAUAGUGUUAUAAAACUAAACUGCCUUUUAAAAUGGCUUUAUCGAUAAACUUUGAGUUUGCAAAUAACUUUGCUUUCUUUUUUAUUUAAAAAAUUCAAUAAUAAAUAUCAUAAGAAAGGAAUUAAUAUUAAAGAUACACUGAAAUUAUUUGCUGUUUUGUUUAGUUGUUUCAUAUACGCAAAGGCCGUCGGGUUUUAAACCAUUAUAAAAUCAAUAUUUAAAACAAACUUACCUUCGUUAACGUCGGCUCCCUUCUUUUAGCCGAUUCUUUCGCAGUUUCUUUCUCAGAGAGCUUUUAAAAUUUACAAAAUCUUGCAAAAAUGGGAGCAAAAUGAAAUAUAUUUGCAAGAAAUUUAUCAAUCAUCAAAUCAAGAAAUGUUUGCUAUUUCGCUGUCGUCAUGCAGUCGUUAUAAUGCAAACUUUAAAUUGGACCAAUCAGUGUCCGCUAUUCGUGAUAGUCCACCAUAUUUUUGGGAUCAGUGAGGAUGACCACCCACCCAACACCGUUGGUGACCCACGCCCGCGAUAAUUGAUGAACUUUAGACUCCGCUAAUGCUUUCGUUUCCCCGGGUGUAAAUAGCCGGUGGGAAUUAGUACCCUCGCACGGCGCUUCGCGCCGUCGGCUCGAGGACUAAUAAUAAUUAUGAUGAUUUAUUGGUAAUAUAUCCACAGAGUGGCUCUACGCUUACUAAAUUAUAUCAAUUAUUCAUAAAGCCUACAUAAACUAUUUUACGAAUAUUACUGCAAUAUAACUUUGAAUAUACAACGUGUUCGACAGGACAAAAUUUUACGAACACAAUUACGAAUUAACUAAGUUAGAACAAUACUGUACGAAACUAUAUUCAUUUAAAUGUUUCUUUUUGAGAUUAUCCAAGUCUUGACCAUGCUUUCAAGACUAAGGAAUUCUUGGUCUCAUUGUAGAAUACUCUGUAGUCUGCCGUUCCUAAUUUCUCCAGGUAAUUGGUUAAAAAGAUGUGCUGAUUGGUUUUGUAAUGUGUUCUUAAUUAAUAAAAGGGACUUAAAGCUGAGAGCCUUUGCUUGAUCUCAAAACUGGAGAAUGUUGAACCAAUUGUAGUUCUUGGUAACUUGGCCAGUUUUCAUCGCGAAGCGCUUUAUAACAUAUUUUAGAACGUUCCAUUCACGUUGUUCCUUGAUAGGCAACCAGUUCCCCACGCUUCAUUGGACGAAGUACGUCGAUCUUUUCUAAUAUUUAGCAGAACUGUGGUAGUUGAAUGGUCUUUCCUAAAUUCGGAUAUGUUCUCUUUCAACAGCUUUUGGAAGUCAAUGUGCUCAACCAAUUAAUAAUGUGUAAGUCUUUCAAAUACAUAUACCUUCGAGAGAACACGGGUUAUUUUCUAAUAAUAAUAGAAUAAUCCACAGUGGCUUUAGGAGGAUUCGCAUCAACUUGGAGUCUUGGUUAGCCUGAUAAACUGGGUUUCCAGGUAAAUUGCGGUCAUAACACAAACUACAAAUUAAUAUUAAGUUAAUCUUGGUACUGCGAAAGACUAUAUUUAUAAUAGAAGAAUUAAAGCAUUUACCAUGUUUUGCAUAUCAAUUACGUCUUAUCAAUUACUCCAAACGUCUGUCAUACACUCCACCCGUCUCAGAGCCACGCUGAUGACGUCAUAGGUGAAGUUUUACUGCUGCCGCCCUCUCUACCCGUCCCAGAACCCCUAUUCUGUAUAGUUCUGGAUUUAUAAACUCAUUGAAUCCAAAUAACCUUGAGAUUCAGUACAAACAACUGUCAAUGAAUGUUAAUUUUGUUAAGAACAUGUCCGAUCUUAAUUUAAAACGCGAACUCACCUGUUUUUGUUCGUUAUGUCAGUUUUUUCAGGAAAUUUUCUACGCCAUUAAUAUAUGCGUAACGUCGUCAAAUUACAUCUACACGUGGUUUUGAGCUCUCUUGUUGUUUUCCUGUGGAUAAAAGUUAUCGAAGGAUGUAAAAAAGUUGUUAAUUUCAUCUUGAAAACAAAAACUCUCGCUCGCAGUUUGCCAUGUCGUUCGAUUGCAAAGUGAUGACUCCUACCGUCAUGCAUAGCGGGCAUCACUAUAAGGCAAGUGGCCCACUUCAAUAACUUACUGAGUUUGUGAUUUCACGCAUAUUUAAUUAGCCUAAGCCGAAGGGCCCAGCUCAGACUGAUUGAGUCGAAGGUAAUUGCUAAAGGUCGCCUCUGGUAACCGCUAAACGACUCGUGUCUGAUCAAGGAGCACAGCUGAUCAGGUCUAAAUCCACCCUGUCAAACCUUCCCUGUGGCAUGUAGGAAACUGAAGUACACGGAGAAAACCCACGACGUUUGGUAGACCGUUGACUAACCUUUUUCGCUGGAACGAGAAUCGAACCCAGGCCAAGACUGCUGGGCUUCGAUGACAGCUGGGCGUCAUCGAAGCCAAACAGUUUUGAAUGUGCUUCAUUAGGUUGGCUUACGUUUUAUUUCAAACUUCAUGGACAUCUUUUUCGCGCAUUUCUUUGCUUAGCUACGUCGUGUUAUAGUAGAGCAGCACAUUCUGUACUCUGUCACUGUGUACGAUAUACUGUUAUCAAAAUCCUUUUAAUGGCUCAAUUUUCCUUACAAUGCAGGCUGUAAUUGUUACCACCCCUGUGAACAUACUGCGCCAAAUUACUUUUAUACCGGUUCUUAAAGACGACGCAACCAAGAAUGCCCUAAGGAAGAAUAUUCAAGCCAUUGAAGACAUCUACACUGGACCUGCCACGAAAAUAAUCCUGCAAACCAAGUCAAGAUUCUGGGAGAAUAAAUUAACCUACAACAUCCAAGGUGGCUUUUCCAAGACCAACCUUCCAAUCGGUCAAAUUCAUUACGUCAGGCCGGAUCCGGAAUACAUCGGCACAACGAACCAAGGGCUAAUUUUGAUCUACACAUGGAAGAAUGAAGCAUUGCUUUUCGGAUCGCUGACACGAGAGCAAGCCAGACUGGAAGCAAUUGAACAAGUCGCUGAAAUCCACCCAGAAAUCAAUGAACAAGACGAGGUUGAAAAGUGUAUUGUCCAUGCUUGGUAUAAUCAUCCAUCUUAUCAAGGUGCCUAUGGCCUUUUGAAGACGACACAAUUCAAUAAUAUCAGGUACAAAUCAGUCGCCGCAUCGUUGUCGAAUUCGUCUGAGUUGUGUAUCACAUUUGGCUUCUAUUCGGUGAUCAGGACCAAUUAAUUUUGUAAUUCUUUCAAAACUCAGGAGAAACUGGGGGUGGGGUGCGGUAACCUCUUAAUGUUUUGAUCUAUGGCAUAAAAUAUACCAAAUCUGUUGCUUUCAGAUUAUUAUAAAAGGUGUUGAAAAUUCAUGAAAUAAUGGCGUUUCGCAGACCGUAAAAAUAGUAAAAUUUUGGCCUGCCGGAUGAUUAGAUCGCCCCACUCUUUGUGGAUUGCUACGCCCCUGGACACGGCCGCUAAUAUUGUAUCUUGAAAAUAAUCCACCAUGAAUCCGUCACUUUAGUAAAAAAAAUUAUUGGAGUUAAUGAAAUGCUAAACUGAACUCAGUGACAUGCUGAGCUAGAUUAGGAUAUUUAACAGUAAGUGCGUACAUUUGCUCCAGGCUGGAUUCAAGGUGCUCUGGAAAGUGGUCUGAGAUCCGCAUACCAGGUUUAUGCUCGUCACAUGAGCAGAGUACCGGUUAAAGGGGAAAAAUGAACGGUAUUCAAUUGAUUCGACUUGGACACAAACAUUGUAGUCUUAAUUCCAAUUUUUGAUAUAUGGACAUUAUUGUAUAAGAACUGAAUUAUUUCGAGAAAUUAACGAUCAUUGUUUACAUUUGUCAUGUUAAAUAUUAACUUUAAGAUUUGUACUUUUCCGCUUGAUUGAAAUGGAAUAAAACAUUAAUUUCCAAAUACCGCGCACGCGGCUAAAUUACUAAAGCUUAGUUUAAAAACUGCAAUGUAUUGUAAGUAUUGUUUACUUAAUCUGAAAUAAAAAGUAUAAAAAGUAUGAACUUGCCUUAUGCGCAAAUCUGAGAGACGAUCUUUGCUCACGCUAUUGUUUAUUUACGUUGUUACGGACACGUGGCCAUGUUCGAUAGAAUACUAUUUUUGGCGUUUUGUACAAAAGAUAUAAUAUUAAUAAAAGUUUUAAAGUGCAAAUACAGCUUCUGUCAACUUUUCAUAGGUAUUUGAGAUGUUAGUGUUUAACUGCCUCUGGUAUCCUAACUAAAGCACAUAGUGAAAUGCUAUAUACUUUUUUAUAAACUAGAAACAUUGAUAUUUUGUAAAAUGCUGAUGAGCCCCGUCGAGCCCUCAGCCGUUUAUAAAAUAUAACGCUUUGAAUAUAUCACUACGACGGCAGUAAUCGCGGAACAUCAUGGCGCACGAAUGGCGCUUUGUAAUAAAAGAAUGCGGGUAUUUGACGGGAAGCCAGUGGGCAAUUACAUUUAAUGUGCAUUUACAUUUGCUAAGAGAAGUGCAACUUUAACGUGAAUAAUAAUUUAUAGCUGUAUAUAUUUAGUAGUUUUCGUUUGAUUUGUACCAUAGGAUGUAAGUAAACUGUGAUGAGCAACUUAAUUGGCUAAAAGAGAUGGUGAUACGCCUGGCAAGAAACCUGCUAAGCAAAGACGAGAGGGUGUUUCCAAAAAGGCACUUUUCCAGUCUGUGGAGGAAAAAGUGGGAAAAAUAACAGAACCAGCAAAGAUUGAAUGGGGAUCAGAUGAACUUAGUGCACUUGUUGAAUUCAUUGCAUUAUAUCACAAUGUUGAUGCUGAUACCUCUGGUGUGUGGCCAACACAUAAAAGGAAGGAUUUCUGGGACACCUGCGCCAAAGCAAUACAUCAAUCAACUGGGAAAAUAGAACGUACAGGUAAGCUAUAAUUUCUAUUUAUUUCCUUCUAUGCUUUGGUUUACUCACAGUAUGGAAUGUAACUACUUUUUGCAACCAAUUGUGGAACAAACUUAUCUAAUGUUGUGUCCCUGACCAUGAUAAGAAUCAUAUCUACUUCACAUAUAUGGCAAUAGCAGCAGAAUUUGGUCUGGGAGUAUCCCCUCCCAGGACAAUUUUCAGAUUUUGAACCUUGCAAUAACCAGAUCUUGGCAGAACCUUGCACACUGUUCAUUAUUUUAUUAAAUUUCCCAAUUUGCUGUAGGAAAUGCGUGUAGACAGAAGGUGGGCAAGUUCCUGAAACAGAAAUAUGAGACUUUGGAGGAAGCCGAGAAGGCUUACAAUAUUGAUUACUUCAGUGGAAUAUGUCAAGACAAUGCGACUCCGCAAACACCAAAAAAUUUUGUGAAACAUCAAGCUCAGUCGCCAAUGCUCGGUUUUUCUCCCUUAAGAAAUUGCGAGAAUGCAGAACUUAGGACAUUUAUCCUGGAUAUUGUGACAAAUGGAUUUACCAAACUGACUGAACGACAAAGACAGCAAUUAUUAGUGUCACUCUUCCACAAAUGGCUACUUCUGGAUAUUAAUGCAAAUUUAGAUGGCCACUAUGUUCCAAGGGAUUUUUUACCAUUAUUGGGCACUUCAUUGAACAUUCUAAAGAUGAAUAACAAGAAAAAUCCGCUAUAUCAUGCCUCGCGUUGUUUUGGACAAAUACCUCCAGGAAAGACUGAACCAAGAAUGCCACUGAACCGAAUGCCCUUUGGAAUGAUUUCACAUAACCUCGGCUUCUUUUCGGUGGACGAUGCAACUCGACUUCAAGCCCCGGAUGAUUAUAAAUCCUGGUGUCAGUCUAUGUACACCUUGUUUGGCAAUAAGUGGGCAUCAAUGCAUUGUGGUCCAAUGUGGUCAUAUGAGCCUGAUGACACAUGUUCAACAACAAGCUUAAGUGAAACAUCAUCGUUGUCUACAUCAGAUGUUAUGCCUGAAUGUAUGCCAUUUACUUUCACAACAAGGCUAACUACAACACCAAAAAGAUCAUCUAAUUCCCUGCCUGAAAUUGAACCAUUGUCUACUACAACAGGACCCCUCAUUUCAGACAUGGUAUCAAGAGAUGUUACCUGCACAUCUUUGGUUUGUCCAUCUUCUGAAAGUGAAUGUGAC